AUGGCAGGAGGAGCUUUUGUUGCACAAAGUGGGGGGAGGAGCUAUGAAGGUGGUGUAACAACCUUCGUUAUCAUGACCUGUUUGGUUGCUGCCAUGGGUGGUCUCAUUUUCGGUUAUGACAUUGGCAUCUCAGGUGGUGUGACUUCUAUGGACUCGUUUCUGAAAAAAUUCUUCCCAUCUGUGUACCACAAAGAGAAGGAAGAUCAUCAUGAGAGUAUGUACUGCAAAUUUGAUAGCCAUUUGUUGCAAUUGUUCACAUCUUCCCUCUACCUCGCUGCUUUGGUGGCUUCCUUCUUUUCCUCUACGGUUACCAGAUUAUUCGGCCGUAAAUCCUCUAUGUUGUCCGGAGGCUUGGUUUUUCUUGUUGGUGCCAUUCUUAAUGGUGCUGCAACCAAUGUAGCAAUGCUUAUCAUUGGUCGUUUGUUACUUGGUGUUGGUGUUGGCUUUGCUAAUCAGUCUGUUCCAAUUUAUCUAUCUGAAAUGGCACCAGCAAAACUGAGAGGAGGGCUUAACAUUGGUUUCCAAAUGGCCAUUACUAUCGGUAUUUUGGCUGCAAAUCUCAUUAACUACGGAACAUCAAAAAUUAAAGAGGGAUAUGGCUGGAGAAUUUCUUUGGCUCUUGCAGCUGUCCCCGCUAUAAUGAUGGUCGUUGGAUCAUUCUUCCUUCCAGACACUCCCAAUUCUAUCCUUGAGAGAGGCCAUCCCGAGAAAGCCAAGAAAAUGCUGGAAAAGGUUCGUGGCACGGACAAUGUUGAAGCAGAAUUCCAAGACCUUGUAGACGCAAGUGAGGCUGCAAAGAAAGUAGAACACCCAUGGAGAAACAUCUUGCAGCCAAGAUAUAGGCCUCAACUUGUCAUUUGCACAUUGAUUCCAUUCUUUCAGCAAGUUACCGGAAUUAAUGUCAUCAUGUUUUAUGCACCUGUUCUCUUUAAGACCUUGGGUUUCGGUGAUGAUGCCUCACUUAUGUCUGCCGUUAUUACUGGCAUAGUUAAUGUCGUCAGUACGCUUGUUUCCGUCUACUCAGCUGAUAGGUUGGGGAGAAGAAUUUUGUUCCUUGAAGGAGGAAUUCAGAUGAUUAUUUGCCAGAUAGUUAUAGGAGUCAUGAUAGCCCUCAACUUUGGAACAAAUGGUGUAGGAGAGAUGGCGAGUGGAACAGCCAACUUUGUGUUGUUCUUGAUCUGUGCUUAUGUCGCAGCAUUUGCCUGGUCUUGGGGUCCAUUGGGAUGGCUAGUGCCUAGUGAAAUCUGCCCUCUUGAGAUUAGAUCAGCAGGGCAAGCCAUCAAUGUCUCAGUUAACAUGUUCUUCACUUUCCUCAUCGGCCAAUUCUUCUUAACCAUGCUCUGCCACAUGAAAUUUGGUCUCUUCUUGUUCUUUGCUGCCUUUGUUGUUAUCAUGACCAUCUUCAUUUACUUCUUUUUGCCGGAGACGAAGAACAUCCCAAUUGAAGAAAUCAACAGAGUUUGGAAGGCACAUUGGUUCUGGGGCAAGUACAUCCCUGAUGAUGCUGUCAUUGGAGACGAAGCAGUACAUACUGCAUGA